AUGCUGAUUGAAGAAGAUAUACCUUUUGAACUAGUAAGUAUUGCACCUUCCCUCUAUUCUCAUAGUUCUAUCAUUGCAAAUAUUUAAAACAAAAUGAUUCAAUCUAGUAGUAAAAUUUAAAAUGAUCCUGUGAUAUUAAAAGCAUCCUAAACUAACGACAUUUUUAUUGAAGAUUAUUCAGAUAUUUAUUAACUUGAUCCUAACAAUCCUAAAUACAAAAGUAAACCACAUGAAGUUCAUUUCUAAGUAAAUUCUUUUAUUAAAUAUACUUUACUUGGUUUUAUGGUUCAAACUCUUGGACCCCUCAAUAUCUUAAUAUUUAUUUGGAAUCACAAAUAAAUGCUAUAUAAUUGGUAACUCUUAGGUUUCACAUGGAAAGUCUUCUUUAACUAUCUUAGAUAUGCUCUUGAUCUAUAUUUAAUUCUAAUGUUCUUACUUUAACCUAUAGACACUUUAACAUUUUAAUGUAUUUAUUUAUAUCUUAUCCUAGUGUUAUUAUAUUUUGGCAUCCAUAUAUUUGCAGAAAUUAUUUUGUAAAAUAUUAUUUUAGCUUUCUAUCAUCCUUAGAAAUUAGAGUUAUUAGAGAAAUUUCCACUUAAAGAGAUCUUUAAUAAAUUUGAAACUCAAAUCAAUCCUCUUUUAUGGGCCAAAUAAACUCCUGAACUUAUUUAAUUUGAAUUAGAAUAAUCUAUAAAAAGAAUGCAUAUUGAACCUGCAUUAUUUGUUUUUUAUUUCAUAGUUUAACCAAAUGAAAAAAGAAAAGAUAAAAUUUAACAUCAAUUUAAUAACUUAAAUAAAGAAUCUAAAUAUGCUGGAAAUGGAUUAAAAAUGGCUAUUGAAAUAAUAUAAUAUUAUAAUAAUCAAUCACCAAUGUAUAUAUACAUUCUCAUAGCCCUAAUAGCCAGUAGUUUUAGAAUAAUUUUGACUAUAUAUUACUCAUAAUUUUGGAAUGGGUCUUGGAUUUAAAUUUUUAUGUUUAUAACUAUUACAUCAUUAAACACUUUAGGAUAUUGUUUUGUAGUUUUAAUCAUGUUGAUAACUUUAAGAGAUUUAUAGAGGAAAGUAUUUUGCCUUAAUUAAUUGUCUCAUUUGAUUUCAGCAUAACAAGUUGAAGAGUUUGAUGAAACCAAGAUAUUUCCUACUUUAAACUUUUUAUGUGUUUAAUCUCUAUUUUCAUGGUAAAAUUUGAGGAAAGUCUUAGUUGAUUAUGGUUUACAAUAUUAUUAAAGAGAGAAUGCAAUUAUUUCAUUUUGCCUUGAAAUUAUACUUGUAUUAAUUAUAUUUGCAAUACUCAAUAUGUUUGAUGUUAUCAGUUGUUAUAAGUUAAAUGAUUCAAGUAAAAUCUCUCUUUUUGUUUUAAUUGGUUUUGAUGUAUUGACUAUUCUCUUCUUAACAAUUUUAAUUGUUUUUUAAGGAGCAAGAAUCAAUAAACAUUCAGAAGUUCAUUAAACGAUGUUAAAAAAAAAUAUGUUUACAUACUAAUAAUUAUCUACUUAAUCAUUUAUUAAAAAAGAAUAUCAUGUAUAACCUUAAGAUUUCAUGUUUAAAACUCUAAAAAUUACUAUUGAUAAAAUUGAAUCAUUAAAUGAAAACAAAAAUUGGUUUUUCUUAUAUUCUUAAUAUGUUCUAAAUGCUAUUGAAUAAGCUUAUUAGGAUUUAUGUUAUGAUGAAAAGAAUAAACCUUUCACAGUGCUUGGAAUUGCUAUGACACAAAGUUUAGCAAUUUAAUUAAUUGCUAGUUUUCUUGGAAUCUUUGCUACUAUAAUUACAAAUGUUUACUUUGAUACAAAUAAUUGA